GACGCGUGUGAGCGGGACUGCCGAAGAAGAAGCAGGAGCGGCAGCAGUAGAAGAAGAAGCCGGAGGCUGCUGUUGCUGUGUGGGUGAAAAGUUGCAGAAAAGCGAGCGGUGUGAAGAUGGAGCGCGCGGCGGCGGAGGUGGACGGCAGCGUGAUGGAGGGAGGCGGACAGAUUCUGCGGGUGUCCGCGGCGCUCAGCUGCAUCACCGGCUCCUCCAUCAAAAUCACCAAAAUCCGAGCCGGCAGAAGCUCCCCGGGACUCAGGCCUCAGCACCUGGUGGGUCUGGAGCUCGUCUCGGCUCUGUGCUCCGGCUCGCUGCAGGGAGGAAGCGUCGGCUCGUCUGAAGUCACUUUGACUCCCGGAAAAAUCAAAUCUGGAAACCACACAGCCGACACACAGACAGCAGGGAGCGUCAGUCUGUUGCUGCAGGUGGCGCUGCCCUGCGCUCUGUUCGCCGACGCCUCAUCCCAGCUCUGCCUGAAGGGAGGAACCAACGCAGAGAUGGCUCCUCAGAUAGACUACACUGUCAAAGUCCUGAAGCCCAUCCUGGAGAAGUUUGGCGUUCAUUUUGACUGUGACAUCAGAAUGAGAGGGUACUACCCUAAAGGCGGGGGUGAGGUGGUGGUGACGGUGAACCCGGUCAAGGAGCUCAGUCCAGUCACCAUGACGGAGCGAGGAAACAUCACCAAAAUCUACGGCAGAGCGUUUGUAGCCGGAGUGCUGCCCUACAAGCUGGCUAAAGACAUGUCGGCAGCUGCAGUCAGAACCAUCAGGAAGGAAAUCAAAGAGCUGUACAUCAACAUCCAGCCGCUGCAGGAGAAAGACAAGGCCUGCGGCAACGGCAACGGCAUCAUAAUCAUGGCGGAGUCGUCGACGGGCUGCCUGUUCGCCGGCUCGGCUCUGGGGAAGAAAGGUGUGUAUGCAGACAAGGUGGGCAUCGAGGCGGCUGAGAUGCUGCUGAGGAACAUCAGAAACAACGGCUGUGUGGACGAGUUCCUGCAGGAUCAGCUCAUCAUCUUCAUGGCGUUGGCGAAGGGAACGUCUCGGAUUCGGACUGGCGCCGUGACGCUGCACACGCAGACGGCCAUUCACAUAGCAGAGCAGCUCACUGAGGCCAAGUUCACGAUAAGCAAGUCGGAGGACGAGCUGAGCAGCAGCGUCACCUACAUCAUCGAAUGUCACGGCUCCGGAGCCUCCAACACACACCUGUAGGCCCGUGCACGGACCUCCGGCCACACACUCUCACACUCUCACACACACACUCUCACACACACAUUCUCACACACACACACACACACACACACACACACACACUACUGGACUCGUGCUGGCUGCUGCUCCUCCAGGUUCCUCAGCUUCUGUCUCUCAGGGCCUUUUCCUUUUGCUUCUCUCUGGAAUAAAGACGUGUUUCAAAGCCUCCUG